CCCACUAGAUAAAAUAAAUGUUAUUUAAAUAAACAACAAUUUGCCAAUUGCCACGAAUACAUAUCAUUGUUUUUUUGGAUAAAUUAUUUGUUAAAGUAUUGUAAAUAUAUAAUAAUUGUGAUAAUAUGCCAGAAGAAACAAUGUAUAAUUUACGUUGGAAUUUAUUUAAUUCUGAGCUAGCAACAACUUUGGAUACUUGCUAUGAAAAACAAUAUUUUGUUGAUUUAUCAUUGGUAUGUAAAGAUGGUACUGUUAUAAAAUGUCAUAAAAUGGUAUUGGCAAAUUCAAGUAAAUUUUUUCGUCAAUUAUUAGUUAAUAAUGAUCAUCCACAUCCAAUGAUAUUACUUCAUGAUAUUGAAGCUGAUGAUUUAAAAACAAUUGUUAAUUUUAUAUAUUGUGGUGAAAUUGAAGUUGUCAAGAGUGAGGUUAAUAGAUUAUUAAAAAUUGCUGAAAUAUUAGAAAUAUCUGGUCUCAAAGAUAUAAGAUCAACAGAUAAAUUUGACAAUACAAUUACAAAUAAUUUACAAAAAUUACCAAUUACAAAUGACGUUAAUAAUGAUGAGAUUAAAAAUAAUUUACAAAAUGAUAAUUCAACAAAUAGUAAUCAUGAAAAAUUAGAUAAACAAUUGUCUAAUAGCACAAAAAAAAAUAAAAUUAAAAAAAUAAAAACUUUAAGCAAUGAUAAAUCAGGAAUAAAACGUACAUCAAAUAAUGGCUGUUGUGAUAAUUUAAAAAAAUUACGUUUGUUAAAUGAAAUUGAAAUAAUAUGUAAACCAAAUGAACAAAUUGAUGAUAUUGAAUUGUCAAUUGGUACAUUUAAUAAUCAACAUAUGACACCAAAUACACAUGGUAAUAUUGAAUCACCAUUAUCAAAUAUUAAAUCUGAUUUAUUAAAAUUAAAGGAUGAUGAUAUUGAUGUACCAUUUGAUGAUGAUUAUGAUUCACGUUUUCCAAUUGCAAGAAGAGCUGUUAGAAAAAAACUAUUUUCAACACCAGGCAUUGAAAUAUUUAAAUCACCAACUAAUAAUAAUAUUUAUAACAAUUUAAAUAAACCAUCAUUGCCAAGUACAAGUCGAGCUAGUUCAACAAGUCCACCUUCUAAUCAUUACUUUGAUUAGAAAUUCGUAGCUCUCAUUUAAACAAAAAUUUGUACUUAUUUAUUUUUUUUUUUUUUAUCAUUGAUUGACACGACAAUUUAUUUACAAAUAAAAAUAUUAAUGUUGCUAUAGUAACUUGUAUUGAUUACACAAAGUCAUGCAAAAAAAAAAUUAUUAACAAUUUAUAUUUUCAUAGAGAGUUAAAAGAAAUAUAUUAACGAAACAAAAAAAAAAAAAAAAGUAAAAAAUGGCAAAUAAAAUUGAUGAAUCAUUAGAAAUAAGUGAAGAAGAAAAAAAAUCAAUGGAACAAUUAAUGACUGAUAAAAAUGUAACUGAUGAAGAAUUUAAAAAUUUUAUGCAACGUGUCAUUGAAGUUGGUAAGAAAUUGUUAUAUUAUUAUUGUUAAAUAAUUUAAUUUAUUAUUUCUUUGAAGAAAAAAUUGUUAAAAAGCUUGCAUCAAAUGAUGCAAGUGAACAAGAAAGUGGCCAAAUAAUGGCCGAUGCAAUAUUAACUGGUGCUAAAAAUAAUGAUAAAAAAAAAAAUGAAAUUAAUGAAAAUGAUGAGCUAAUAACAAAGUCUAGUCGAACUGUGAUUAAUAAGUACGAAAAAGAAUUUAAAAAAGAUCCAAAUGAGAUGUCAAAAGGUAAAAUAGAUAAUUACUCGUGAUAAAAUUUAUGGAAAAAAAAAAAAAAAUGAUGUUGUUUUUAUA